UUCUUCAUCGGUCUCCUUGUCGUCUUCGCCGUGUUCCAGUCCAGGGUCGAGGCCGCGAUCCGCCCCGCCGCCCGGUUCCUCCGCGACCUGCCGUUCGGAUGGCUCAUCCCGAUCGGGGUGCUUUUCGUGCUUUCUUUCCCUCCGCUCUUCGGCGCUGAGCUCAUACACAUCAUCGUCGGAGACGUCUGGGGUUUCCUUCCCGGUAUUGCCAUUGUCUCCGCCGGGACUCUCCUCGGCGAGCUGGCGAAUUACUACACCUUUCGAUGGUGGUGCAUGGCUCGUGGGAGGAAGUUGGAGGAGAGGCGGAUUAGCUAUGCGCUCUACGCGCAGGUCGUGCGCGAAGGAGGCCUGGUCGCGGCCAUCAUCAUGCGCUACAGCGCGAUCCCCAGUCAUUUCACGACUGCCCUCUUCGCGUCCUGCGGGAUGACAGUGUGGACUUUCCUUGCCUCUGCCAUAGUGUCGCUCCCCAAGCAGUUCGCUGGCGUCUUCCUAGGCAGCUCUGGGACUUCGGGCACGUCCAGCAAGGUCACCACUACCGUCAAGGGUGUCGUCGUUCUGAUCACGAUCGUCGCGACCAUCUUCGCGAUGAAGUACAUCAACAGACGUGUGGACGAGGUGAAGGAGGGCGUGAUAUACAUGCGGCGCAAGCAACGG